AUGGGUAAUACUCGUACUGUAAACCAGCCCAGCAACACCAUAGCUGUUGCGACCGUGCUAAUUCUCAUCGCAACAUGGCUACUAACCAGACCAGGGAGUGACAAGAUCUCCCGUGCCUCCGAGUCCCCAGGUGCGGUAACAGGCAGCAUGCUGCUCCCUGCGAUCCCCGCUUCCUUCCCGCUGUGCGACGCGGUGAGCGACGACUACAUCCCGUGCCUGGACAACACGCGCGCGAUCAAGAAGCUGCGCACCACCAAGCAGUACCAGCACCGCGAGCGCCACUGCCCCAACCCACAGGAAAUGCCGCGCUGCGUCGUGCCCAUGCCUGAAGGCUACAAGCCGCACGUCCCCUGGCCCGAAAGCCGCGAUGAGAUCUGGUUCAACAACGUGCCGCGCACGUCCCUGGCCAACUACAAGGCGGACCAGAACUGGCUCAAAGUGGAGUCUGACCGCUUCAUCUUCCCCGGCGGCGGCACGCAGUUCAAAUACGGCGCCGCCACGUACAUCGCAUGGCUGGAGCAGGUCCUUCCGGAGCUCGCGUGGGGGCGCCACGUGCAGGUCGCGCUCGACAUGGGCUGCGGCGUCGCGAGCUUCGGCGCGUAUCUGGACGCGAUGAGCGUCAAGGUGCUGUCCGUGGCGCCCAAGGACGAGCACGAGGCGCAGGUGCAAUUCGCGCUGGAGCGCGGAGUCCCCGCGCUGGUCGGCGUGAUGGGCACGUUGCGCCAGCCGUUCCCCGCGAAUUCCUUCGACGCCGUGCACUGCGCGCGGUGCCGCGUGCCAUGGCACGCUAACGGCGGGUUGCUGCUGCUGGAGCUGAACCGACUCAUCCGGCCCGGGGGGUAUUUCAUUUGGUCCGCCACUCCCGUGUGCCUCGAGUGUAAGGCGUUCGAGCCGGAUGACCGCGAGGUGUGGGAUGCCAUGGAGGAGCUUACAACGCGUAUGUGCUGGACGCUGCGCACCAAGAGCGUGAACAUGACGUUCGGGAUCGGAGUGGCGGUUUGGCAGAAGCCCACCGACAACCGGUGCUACCGCCACCGCCCUAAUAACUCGUCGCUUGCGCCGCUAUGCUCCAUCGCGGAUGAGCCCGAUGCUGCCUGGUACGUGCCGAUGCAGUCGUGCAUGCACCGCGUGCCCAUGGACCGCGACGCGCAGCACGGCUCGCAGUGGCCCGCGGACGGCACGGAGCGGCUCACGGCGGAGCCGGUGUGGCUGGACGGCGCGGCGGAAGCAUUGGAGAGCCGCGCGGUGGUGGAGGCGGAGGAGGUGUGGGAGGAGUUCAAGGAAGCAAGAUUCAUGUGGCGUUGGUCUGUGCCUGGAUGCCCCAUGCCUCAAUUCUUCCCCGCCACGUCCUGCCAACACCCACACAUGCCAUUCCCAUGCCCGCCUCGCACCAGGUGGGGAGCAGCAUUAGCAGCCACGGGCAAGCCGCUGUGGACGCUCAACGUGGUGCCGACAUCACGGCCUGACACUCUCCCGUUGGUGUUUGAGCGCGGGCUGUUAGGCGUAUACCACGACUGGUGCGAGUCGUUCAGCACGUACCCGCGCACCUACGACCUGCUGCACGCCCACCACCUGCUGAGCCACCUCAACAAGAACCACCGCCGCGGCUGCGACAUAGUGGACGUGAUGCUGGAGAUGGAUCGAGUGCUGCGGCCCAUGGGGUACGUCAUUAUACGCGAGACCAACGCCACGGCAGCCAUGGUGGAAACGGUAGCAGCAGCGCUGCACUGGAAGCCGCUUGACAGUUACAAGCGCAACACAGACGACACGGUACUCGCGUUUCAAAAGACCAUGUGGAGGCCUGUGGUAGAGGCCAGGGAGGAGUAA